GGGAGUUGUAGUUCCUAGGUUGGUGCGGCGAGGAGGAGGCGGAGUGAGGCGGCGGCCAUUAGCUGUGUGUAGUUGCCCGGGACUAGGAGCUUAAGUGAAGUGAAGCCUCAUUCUGUGGAAAUCUGCCGUGGCCAUGGGCUCCUGCCAGGGUUAGUCCCAGAGCACGGAGCAGGCGGGGCCCCUCGGCGCCCUGCCCCGCCUAGUGUCCCGGCCUGCUAGGCCUUGGGGCAUCCCCGGUCUUGAGUAGGCCUGGUCUGCCGGCAAGGGCGCCCCAAAGGCGGGAGGCGCCAUGUCGCUGGUUGCUUACGCUAGCAGCGAUGAGAGCGAGCCAGACGAGGGGGAGCCAGAGCCAGAGGAAGAGGAGGCAGCAGCCCCCGCGCCCGGGCCCACCUUGGGAGGCUUGUUCGCUUCCCUCCCCGCACCCAAGGGUCCGGCCUUGCUGCCCCCGCCCCCCCAGAUGCUGGCCCCGGCCUUCCCCCCGCCGAUGCUGUUGCCUCCUCCCUCUGGAGACCCCAGACUCCAGCCUCCUCCGCCCCUGCCCUUCGGCCUGGGAGGAUUUCCCCCGCCUCCAGGCGUGAGCCCGGCUGAAGCGACGGGAGUUGGGGAGGGGAUGGGCCUUGGGCUGCCGGCCCCUCGAGGCCCUGGCCUCAGCCUGCCCCCCCCUGUCGGCGGUGCCGGCCCCCCCCUGGGGCUUCCCAAGCCAAAGAAGAGGACCGAGCCGGUGAAGAUCGCGGCGCCGGAGCUGCACAAGGGGGAUUCAGAUUCUGAGGAAGAUGAACCCAUAAAGAAGAAAAUUGUCCUUCAGGGAUCCGGCGAGGGGACUGGUUUAUCUGCCUUGCUUCCCCAACCUAAAAAUCUGACUGUGAAAGAGACUAACAGGUUGCUCCUGCCCCAUGCCUUCUCCCGGAAACCCUCAGAUGGUCCCUCUGAUACCAAGACCUUCAGACUGGCUUCUAAGACCAAGCCCUCCUCUCUUGCACCAGUUGUGGGCACCACAACCACCACUCCAUCGCCCUCUGCCAUCAAGGCUGCUGCCAAGAGUGCUGCGCUGCAGGUGACAAAGCAGAUCACGCAGGAGGAGGACGACAGUGAUGAGGAAGUAGCCCCUGAGAACUUUUUCUCCCUCCCUGAGAAGGCCGAGGCACCUGGAGUUGAGCCAUACCUUUAUCCUGUCCCUACUGUCCCUGAAGAGCUGCCUCCAGGCACAGAGCCAGAGCUGGCAUUCCAGGACGAUGCAGCCAAUGCCCCCCUUGAGUUUAAGAUGGCAGCAGGCUCAAGUGGGGCCCCUUGGAUGGCUAAGCCUGGGGAUGACUACAGCUACAAUCAGUUCUCAGCAUAUGGCGAUGCCAAUGCCGCUGGUGCUUAUUAUCAGGAUUAUUACAGUGGUGGCUAUUAUCCUGCACAGGACCCAGCUCUGGUCCCCUCCCAGGAAAUUGCCCCAGAUGCCUCCUUCAUCGAUGACGAAGCAUUUAAGCGGCUACAAGGUAAGAGGAACCGAGGGAGGGAGGAAAUCAACUUUGUGGAGAUCAAAGGUGAUGACCAGCUCAGUGGGGCUCAGCAGUGGAUGACCAAGUCAUUGACAGAGGAGAAGACCAUGAAGUCAUUCAGCAAAAAGAAAGGUGAGCAGCCAACAGGCCAGCAGCGGCGGAAACACCAGAUCACAUAUCUGAUUCAUCAGGCUAAAGAACGGGAGCUGGAACUAAAGAAUACCUGGUCGGAGAACAAGCUCAGCCGCCGUCAGACCCAAGCCAAAUAUGGAUUCUAGGGCUCUGGAACUGACUGCUCCCAGGAUCUCCUCAGCCCAGUCGGCCUGGCCCCCAGCUUCACUGCUGGGACCCCCAGUGCUCUGAGCCCAGGAUCUCUUUCCCUGAGGACCCAGCCCUCGCCUCUGCGAGAAUGAACAUAUUUGAUAGAUUUUUCUUAACAAGUUAGAAAAAUCAGCUCCUUUCUGUGAUGGAGCUGGCAAAGACUUGAGUGCUGCCUCCACAGGGGCUUUGAGUUCUGGGAUGGGAGUUUCCCCUCUGUUGGGUUUGAUGAAAUGUUGAACUCUACCCCCAACUUUUUUUUUUUUAAAGAAGGAUGUCUGUUAAAAUAAAAUAUUCCGUCUGACA